GUUUGGGGAGGCGCGGCUGUCUGUGGGCAGUGACGUCACUCCGCCGGCGUCUGUCGUGUCGUCACGCCGCUGUCGCCCCCUCGCGUUGGUUCGCUGUUCUGCUGCUGAAUAAUAUAAAGUUAGUGGCUUUUCCAGAUGAUCGUCAGUGCGAUGUUUUAUGCGCUUUAUCCGCUUUCCAGACUCCUCGACAGAGUUUCAGCAGCGUGGCAGAAGCCUCCGCCAGUGCAUGUGAAUGGCAGAGAGGUUUGGGACGGUGGAGGACAGCAGCAGCAGCAGACGGAGGACUCACUGCAGAGGAACAGCACAGAGAGAUCAGCACAGCUUCCACAAGACAAACACACUCACACACACCAUCCUCAGGGAACACUGGUGGAGACUCUAGAGAGAGCACGAGCAGAAGAAGAGCUGCAGAAAACUCUGUGUGAUGUCAGUCAGAUGGAGGGAGUGCUGUCAGAAACACCGCUCGCCGGUCUGGAGGACACACACAAUCCACAACCUGUGAAGAACCAGGCUGAAUCUGACUAUGUGUUCAGCUCAGUAGCUGGAAAACACAGCGAGAUCUCUCCACAUCUGACUGCAGACGCUCCCUCAGAAGCAGACCGGUGUGACGGUGUGUCUGCCAGCUCUGGAGGUGCAGCUCUUCUCUUCGCGUCCCGCAGCCCGGUGUUUGACCUGUCAGCUUUACUGUCGGACACACAGCAGCUCCAGAUGGAUGCUGAGCCCAUCGGGUGGCACUUUCCUGUCGGACACGGCCUGGCGGAGAUGUGCUACUGUCCUUACGUGCAGUUUCCCGACGUCAGCUACUAUCCUGCAUUUCAAGACCAGGACAAUAUAGAAGUGAUGUGGCGAGUGUGGGAGGACCUCAGUGAACCGCAGAGCAGUGACAGUGCAGACGCGUCUCCUGUGUUCGACUUCAGCGUCAUGUCUUAUAAUAUCCUGGCUCAGGAUCUGCUGGAAGCCAAUCCACAUCUCUACACUCACUGUGCGGAGGACGCGCUGAGGUGGGAAAACCGGCUCCAGGCUGUCCUGAAGGAGCUGCAGAUCUGGCAACCAGAUAUUGUUUGUCUUCAGGAAGUGCAGGAGGAUCACUUUCAGGAGCAGAUGCAUCCCGUCCUGAUCAACAUGGGUUAUACAUGCAUCUAUAAGCGUCGCACAGGCUCAAAAACAGACGGUUGUGCUGUGUUAUACCGCGGUGAACGCUUCACUCAGCUCUCCGUCAGUCUGCUGGAGUUUCGCCGCUCGGAGUGUGAGCUGCUGGAUCGGGAUAAUGUAGGCAUCGUGCUGCUCCUCCAGCCCACGGCGGGACCCCAUCAUCAGUUUACACCGGUGUGUGUUGCUAACACACACCUCCUGUUCAACCCCAGGAGAGGAGACGUGAAGCUGGCCCAGCUCGCCAUCAUGUUCGCCGAGAUCCACAGCGUGAUGCAGAAAUGCAGGAGUGAAGGGAAAAGCUGCGAGCUGAUUCUGUGCGGAGACUUCAAUGCUGUACCCAGGAGUCCUCUGUGGACGCUGAUCACCACCGGGGAGCUCUACUACCACGGCCUACCGACAUGGAUGGUUUCAGGGCAGACGGAUUUGUCAUAUAAAGCUCAUCACAACAGGCUUUUCUCCCCAUUGUGGCCCAGCAGCCUCGGCAUCACUGACCGCUGCCAGUACAACACUGACACACACACCACAGCUUCAGAUGGUAAACAGCAGUACAGUCAUGAGUUCAUGUGUCAGCUGCGCUUCUGUGAGGCGGCGUGUGUUCGGCCUGCAGAUCUAGAGCUCAUACCCGGAGUCACAGACAAAACACCCGACCUAAGAGACAUGUUUAGUCUAAGGUUCAGUCCUUCUUUACGUCACAGGUUGAGUCUGACGUCUGCUUACAGUCAUAUUCAUCCCGAAACUCUGACUGACCUGGUCACGACACUGAACUCUGAAGGAGCUGCCAUGGUCGACUACAUCUUCUACUCCCAACGGCAGAAGAGCGGCUUCAACGGAGGCGGAGAGAGCGCUGGUGGUCUGAAACUGCUGGCUCGUCUGUCUCUGCUGUCUGAAGCUCAUCUCUGGUCUCUGCGAGGUUUACCCGAUGAAAGCUUCCCCUCUGAUCAUCUCAGCCUGCUGGUCAAACUUCAGCUCAGCUCAGCGGAUAUAUGACCACGCUAGCACUCGUCUUCUUUAUUAUUUUAACUGCCUUUGUAUUGUAAAUCGCACAAAGAAAUUCAGUUUUGGUCAGAUCAGUAUUUUGUUGUGUAUUCAGAAUUUUCAGUGUAUGUGUGUUUAUUACAAUCUACCAUGUGAGGAAAUCUGACACGGCGUGUAUAAUUGACAGUGUUCCUAAUUAAUAAAUCAUAAUUAUACACUU